AUGACCUUUCGAUGGCUCCUGCUAGUGAGUUGCCUGUUAUUGGCACUCACUUUGCAGCCCGGUUUUGCGAAGUUAGAUCGACCAAGAAUCACCGAAACCAAGUUUGAGCAUGAACCAGUCGCACUAUUUUAUUUUGAGGACACAGAAACUGUUGUCAUGAGCUUGAAGAAUGGUGAUCUCUUACAAUCCUUCGAUGGGGGCGAGGGAUGGCAAAUGGUUGAGUCCGAUGAUGGCAGUCUAAAGCAUCAAAUCUUGUUUAUUCGACAGCACCCGUUUGACAAUACCAAGGCCUACGCCAUCGGCAACAAUGGACACCACUUGGUCACUACUGAUCAAGCCAAGACGUGGAGAACGUUUGAUAUUGGUGACUUCCCGGCAAUUCAGCACCCUCCUCUCGUUUUUCAUGGCUGGGAUUCGAGCAAAGUCAUCUUACAAAGCGAAGAAUGCGCCGGACUUUUUUGCAUUGUGAGGUCAUACUAUACAACGGAUGAUUUCAAAACUAUUAAAUUACUGCGAGAGAGUGCUGCGGGGUGCUCAUGGGCAGUAGGGCAUCCCCAGUUCGCCGAGGACAUGGAUAUCUCCGAGGAGCUUAACGACAGAUCACUUUGUGUUGUCCCGGGAUUGAAGGUACCAUUUGGGCAUGCAAACCGACUGGUAUACUCGGACGACUACUUCAGCAGCAACAUUGAGGGCACGGAGGUAAAGUUGCAAGAAGGCCGACCGGUUUCUGGUGUCAUAAGCACAGCCGCUGUCAAGAAAUUCAUCGUGGCCGCUGUCAAAUCUAAGGGGACAGAGGAACUUGCUUUGUUUGUGACGACUGACACAGAUACCUGGAGUCGAGCUGAAUUUGAUGGUCACCGAGUGGAGCAGGAUGCCUACACGAUGCUUGAGAGCACUAACUACAGCUUACAGGUAGACGUUCUGACCAGUCCAUCCAGCAGUAUGGGCGUGCUUUUCACGUCUAACUCGAACGGUACCUUCUUUAGCCGUAAUAUCGAACACACCAACCGCGACAUGGAAGGUACAGUUGAUUUCGAAAAGAUUGCCGGGAUACAGGGGAUAGUAAUGGUCAACACCGUGAAAAAUCCAAAGGAAGUCGAGUCAGGGUCUGAGAAGAAGGUCAUCAGCAAGAUUAGCUUCGACGAUGGAAGAAGUUUCCAGGCGCUAAAAGUCAAUGACGAAAACCUACAUCUACAUUCAGUAACUGCGUUCGCAAAUAUUGGCCGAGUGUUUUCAAGCCCAGCACCGGGGCUAGUAAUGGGUGUCGGCAAUACGGGUGACCACCUCAAAAAGUACGCUGAUGGCGAUCUAUAUAUUUCGGAUGAUGCAGGCGUGAGUUGGCGUCACGCUCUUGACGGGCCGCAUAAAUAUGAGUUUGGCGACCAAGGAGCUGUUGUCAUGGCGGUUAGCGAUGAUGGGACAGCUAGUAAGGUUAGAUUUUCCCUUGAUCAUGGCAAAGAAUGGGAAUCUGUGGAGCUCGAACACAAGAUAUACCCGACAAUGGUCACGACCACCCCUGACUCGACCAGCCUGAAAUUUGUCCUGGUUGGAAAGCAUAACAAGGACGGGGGGCAUGUUGUCUAUUCCAUCGAUUUCAGUGGCCUGCACGAGCGACAAUGUGAAGAAAAUGACUUCGAAAUGUGGCCGGCCAGAUUAGACAAGAAUGGCGAGCCCGACUGCUUGAUGGGCCACACGCAGCUAUUUCGCCGUAGAAAGGCGAAUGCGGAUUGUUUUGUGGACAAAGAGUUCAAGGAUCCACAGGCGAUAUUGAAGCCAUGCAGUUGUACGGCAGAAGAUUUUGAGUGCCAAUACAAGCGCAGUGAGGACGGAAAGAACUGCAUCCUGGCUGCUGUGCCAUCUCCACCCGAAGGAAAAUGUCAACAACCUACUGAUACAUUUAUGGGCCCAUCAGGCUGGCGACUAAUACCCGGCGACACCUGUAUCCGUGAGGGUGGCCAGGACUUGGACAAUGAUAUUGAGUGGCCAUGCAAGGAUGCAGGUAGUACACCUGCAGAUGGCAAAUUAAGCGUGGUGAAAAGGUUCUUUGACGGAAAACAGUUCAGCGCGUACUAUUAUCUGGAACGUCAAUCAAGCAGUUCUGGAGAUGAUGAGACUAUUAUAAUGCUUACUAGUGAACAUGUGUUUUAUGUCUCACAUGACCACGGCAAAACAUGGCAGGAGCUUUUGAAGGGAGAAAAAAUAAACAAAAUUGUGCCCCACCCAUACAACAGUGAUGGCGCCUUUCUCUUGACUGAUGGUGCUAAAGGCUUUUGGACUGUCGAUCGAGCUCAAACAUUCAAACCUUUUGAAGCCCCAGCGCCCCCGACCAAGGAACGUCUCUCAACUCUCUCAUUUCAUCCCCAGUACAAAGACUGGCUGAUAUGGACUGGAGCCGUGGACUGUGGGUCUAAUGACUGCCACUCUAACGCCUACAUCAGCAAAAAUCGUGGCGAGAACUGGGAACUUCUGCGCCGUUAUGUCCAAAAGUGUGAAUUUGAAAGCAGGGAAAGCCGACCAGAAAGCACAAAUCUUAUCUUCUGUGAGCAAUAUGAGAAUGAGAACAGGAACAAUCAUCUGCAGCUAAUGUCUAGCGACAAUUGGUUUUCUGAUUGGCAUGUCCAUUUCGAAGAUGUGAUCAGCUAUGCUACGAUGUCUGAGUUUAUUAUCGUGGCCUCGCGAGAUCCAGUAAGGUCCGACUCGUUAGUGGCCAGUAGCAGUGUUGAUGGUCGGACAUUCGCAGGGGCACAAUUUCCUCCUAAUGUCGACGUUCCUGUUCAGACAGCCUAUACUGUACUUGAGAGUUCUACGCAUGCUGUUUUCUUGCACGUUACCGUGAACAAUAUGGAGGGGGCUGAGUAUGGUUCAAUCAUCAAAAGCAACAGUAACGGCACUUUUUAUGUUCUCAGUCUCGGUGCGGUGAAUCGAAAUCACCGCGGCUAUGUUGAUUUUGAGAAGAUGCAGGGCAUGGAGGGCGUGGCAAUUGCAAACGUUGUCAGCAACAUGGAUAAGUUGUCAGACGGUGAAUCAAAAAAAUUAAGGACUAUGAUCACCCACAAUGAUGGAGGGCGAUGGUCAUUACUUUCUUCCCCAACCAAAGAUGCAGAUGGCAAGGACUUCAGUUGUUCCGCUGAAGAAGGGAAAGGUAUCCCUGGCUGUUCGCUUCACCUUCACGGCUAUACCGAACGCAGAGAUGAGCGGGAUACGUUCUCGUCCGGCUCGGCCAUCGGUCUGAUGAUGGGUGUAGGAAAUGUUGGCGAUCAUCUUGGUCCGGAAGAUGAGGUAGAUACAUUUAUCACUCAGGAUGCAGGCUUCACCUGGAAGUCUGUGAAGAAGGGCAGGUACAUGUGGGAGUUUGGUGAUGCUGGGUCUGUCAUUGUGAUCGUACCCGAGUCUAAACCAACCAAAGUCCUUUACUACAGCCUAGACGAGGGAAACACCUGGGAAGAGUUCUCUUUCUCGGACGUGGAAAUGCAGAUUGAUGAUAUUUCAACUGUGCCGUCUGACACUUCUAAGAGCUUCCUCCUUUGGGGUAAGGAAUUGGAAUCCGACCAUCGAAACAAGCUUGCCACCGUGAGCAUCGACUUCAGUGGACUCCGCUCCACUUCGUGCAAGUUGGAUGAGAGUAAAGAGAGUCACGAUUAUUAUAUCUGGGAACCGAAACAUCCAUUUGAGAGCAAUAACUGCUUGUUCGGUCAUGUUGAGCAAUACCAUCGCAAGAAGCCGUCGGCUCAAUGUUGGAAUAACUGGCGUGAGCCUCAUGUUCACAGCAUUGGAAAGAAUUGCAGCUGCACAUACACUGAUUAUGAGUGCGACUAUAACUAUGAACCCUUGAAAGAUGGCAGCUGUGGCCUCGUUUCUGGGCUUGCUCCGCCGGAUGCGAUUGCUAUAUGUAAGGAGGAUCCUGAUAGGAUUGAAUAUUGGGAACUCACAGGGUAUCGGCGCCUUCCCCAGACAACAUGUGAGGGUGGGCUGAACCUGGAUCAUGUCGUUUCGAAACCUUGCCCCAACAAAGAGGAAGAGUACAACAAAAGGCAUAGUAUCAGCGGUGUUGGCUUAUUUUUUGCAAUUGUGACUCCGGUCGCUGUGGCAGGUGCCGUCGGUUAUUAUGCCUAUAGUAGAUGGGAUGGCAAAUUCGGCCAAAUUCGUCUUGGGGAGAAUGUUGGCGGCUCUCGGGGCCUGCUAUCACGAGACUCUUUGCUCAUCACUCUGCCAGUUGCAAUAAUUGCGGGUGCGGUGGCUAUUACAAAGGCACUUCCUCUUUUGGCUGCUAGUCUCUGGCGAAGCACUGGAGGCUACGUGCGCAACCGGGGCUACUCAAGACCAUAUGCUUCCCGAGGAUCCUUUGCCGCUCGACGAAGCGACUAUACCGGCGUUGUCGACGAUGAGGACGAGCUUCUUGGCGUUGAAGAUCCCGAGGCCGACAUGGAAGACGAGCUCUAA